CCCAGGGUGCGGUCAGCUGAGUCAGUGCGCCCAGGGCAGGCGGGGCCGGAGCCAAGCGGCGACCCCCGGGCGGGGCACUCGCAGACUCCAUUUGAGAUUCACCUUGCGAGUGGUUCCCUCAUUGGAGUGGUCCCGGGCACAGACCCUCGCCCCGCCGUCCGCGAGCCUCGCGGGAGCUGCCCCUUCCUCGGGCCCUGGAGCAGAGCGUUUGUCGCCGGUGUCGCCGUGCGAGGAUGGCGCAGCGGGUGUAGGGUCCCUGCGCAGGCCGAGCGGGCCCAGAGAAGCGAGGAACUCCGUAGCCCGCCGGCGGUCAGCGCGUCUCAUCUCCGGUCCCAAUUCAGGGCUUGGCGAGGUGACUCGGGGUCGUGGGUGACCUGCAGCCUUCCUGCCCCGGCCUGGAACGCCUGGAACGCCUCCUGCUGCAGACGUCUGUCCGCUUCCAGCCGCUCUCCUCUGACGGGUCCUGCCUCAGUUGAGGGAAUGGCGACCACAGAAGCCAAAGCAGAGAAACCUGAAAGUCACAAUGAUUGCCUCGUCAGACUUUCAAAUCCAAACAUAGCAACAAUGAAAGAAGAUAUUCUCUAUCAUUUCAAUCUCACCACUAGCAGACACAAUUUCCCAGCCAUGUUUGGAGAUGUGAAGUUUGUGUGUGUUGGUGGAAGCCCCUCCCGGAUGAAAGCCUUCAUCAGGUAUGUUGGUACAGAGCUGGGCCUUGACAGCCCAGAGAGAGACUAUCCCAACAUCUGCGCGGGAACUGACCGCUACGCCAUGUAUAAAGUAGGACCCGUGCUGUCUGUCAGUCAUGGUAUGGGCAUUCCUUCUAUCUCAAUCAUGUUGCAUGAGCUCAUAAAGCUGCUGUACCAUGCCCGGUGCUCCAACGUCACUGUCAUCCGCAUCGGCACUUCUGGUGGGAUAGGUCUGGAGCCUGGCUCCGUGGUCAUAACAGAGCAGGCAGUGGAUACCUGCUUCAAGGCAGAGUUUGAGCAGAUUGUCCUGGGGAAGAGGGUAGUCCGGAAAACGGACCUGAACAAGCAGCUGGUGCAGGAGCUGUUUGUGUGUUCCACGGAGCUAAGCGAGUUCCCCACAGUGGUGGGGAACACCAUGUGUACCUUGGACUUCUAUGAAGCGCAGGGCCGUCUGGAUGGUGCUCUCUGCUCCUACACAGAGAAGGACAAGCAGACGUAUCUGCAGGCGGCUUACACAGCCGGAGUCCGGAACAUCGAGAUGGAGUCCUCAGUGUUCGCCGCCAUGUGCAGCGCCUGCGGCCUCCAAGCGGCAGUGGUGUGUGUCACCCUCCUGAACCGCCUGGAAGGGGACCAGAUCAGCAGCCCUUCCAAUGUGCUUGCAGAGUUCCAGCAGAGGCCGCAGCGGCUGGUGAGCUACUUCAUCAAGAAGAAACUGGGCAAGGCCUGAGCGCUGCCCCCAGCCUCCGUAGACCUGCUGUGAUCACUUGCCAUUAAAAGCAUUGUCCAAAA